CAAAGGCCCGGUACCAAGUCCACCACACCUAUAUCAAUCGAAACCCUAAUCGGAACCAUUCUUCUACGUCCUUCCCUUUCACUUCCGCCUCUUCCUGCACAGCGCACACACCCUCACAUUUCUCUAUCAAAAAUGCCGUUCAAGAGGUACGUCGAGAUCGGAAGGGUUGCACUCGUCAACUACGGCAAGGAUUAUGGAAAGCUUGUCGUCAUUGUGGAUGUCGUGGACCAGAAUAGGGCUCUUGUUGAUGCCCCUGACAUGGUAAGAAGCCAGAUUAACUUCAAGAGGCUUUCUCUCACAGAUAUCAAGAUUGACAUUAAGAGAGUUCCAAAAAAGAAAACUCUUAUUGCUGCUAUGGAGGCUGCUGAUGUCCAAGGGAAAUGGGAAAAGAGCUCUUGGGGUAAGAAGCUGAUUGUCCAAAAGCGAAGGGCUGAACUCAACGAUUUUGACCGAUUCAAGUUGAUGGUUGCGAAGAUCAAGAAAGCUGCUGUUGUCCGGAAAGAGCUUUCUAAGCUGAAGAAAGAGACUUCAUCUUGAGUAGUUUGGUUCCUUUGUUACAGUGGGUUUUGUUUUGGAUUUUGAAACCUGUAUUUGUUUCUUUAUGCAGACGUGUGUUCUGAGUUUCUUAUUACAGAUGAUUGAGUUCAUGAAUUUUGUUCUUCAUGGUUUCUUAUUGCUUUUAAAAUCAUGUCUCUUUUAUUACCUCUUGAUUUUUGUUGCUAAAUUUAAGUGUCUGAUCUCUACUCUUCU